GAGAGAGAGAGAACCAAGACGAACAUAGAGAAAGAAAAAUUUGUGACAGGCAAGAGAGAGAGAGAGAGAGAGAGAGAGAGAGAGGGGGGGUGUACACGUGCCCGGGGCUAUUUGGGUGCCACAGACGCCCAGUGCCACAGUGCCACCAGCCAGUGCCUCUGUGACCGCGGCCCCGCACACCCGUCCGCCGCCCGCCAUGGAGUGCCGCCCACCCCGCCCCCCCUCCCCUUCCCCGCUGCUCGAGGCCAGUCACCCCCCCUCCACCACCACCACGCCCUCCACGCCCAUCCUUGUCACCUCUGAGGGACACUUGGUCUUCCCCCUGCCGCUCCUCCAAGGCCUCGACGCGCCCACACCCAUGAUCACCACGCCCACACCCUCCACUGGCGAUGAGGACACGCCCACACCUUCACCCACACCUUCACCCACACCCACACCCACACCUGCACCUGCCACGGCCCCGCCCACCUCGGCCUUCACGCCCGUCACCACCAUGACACCCACUACCACACCCUCCCCACGACCCACGACUCCACGACCCACAACACCCCGCCGUCCCACACCUCGCCGCCCAGCACCUCAGCCGCCCACCAGACCGGCGCCCCCCACCACGCCCGUGCCGCAGCUGCCCCCGCCCACGUCCACACCCACGCCCCAACACAGCGCCGCGCGGCCCGCUUCGCCAGCCUCCACCCGCAGCGCCUCGCCUGGAUGGCAGCGCUCCCUCUCCACCACGCCUGUGCCCGAGCUGGCCUCGCCCACGCCCACGCCCCCGGGCAGCAGCGUGGGCGUGGGCGGCCUGUCGCUGCGCCUCAUUGAUGACGAGACAGACACAGACGACGACACGCGCUGUGACUCCUUCGAGGAGCGCCUCGUGUUCCCCCAACGCCCACCCCACCCACCCACGGCACCCACGCCCGCCCUGGCCCCCGCCCGCCUCACCCUUACCAGGCCCCCGCCCCUCACGCCGCAGCACCAGCCUCAUGCCUCCCCGCGCCCUGCCAUACAGGCCGCUCCGCACCUGCCGGAGCCUCCGCGCCCCCCGCCGCCAGCCGAGGCGCAGUGGUGGGAAGGGGGUCGCCGCGCCCAUCGCGGCCUGGCACACUCCUCCUCGGACCCCGGUCUGCGGCGCCCCCCGGUGUGGAGCCCCGCGGCGCCCCUGCAGCAGGUGCCUGAGGAGCGCGCCCCGCCCUGCUUGUCGCGCAGUGACUCCGUGGUGACUGUGCCGCAGGACCUGCUGGCCCCCAGGCCCAGCCUGGCGGGGGCGGCGGCGGCGGCACUGGUGGUGGCGGCACUCAUGCCCGGCACUGCCAUGCUGCUGCACGCCGCCUUCAGAGUGGUGUUCGGGACAUUAUUUCCAGCCUACUAUUCCUACAAGGCAGUGAAGACUAAGAACGUCAAAGAAUAUGUAAAAUGGAUGAUGUAUUGGAUAGUGUUCGCGUUCUUCACUUGCUUGGAGACUCUGACAGACAUUUUCCUCAGCUUCUGGUUUCCCUUCUACUACGAGCUGAAGAUCCUGGUGGUGCUGUGGCUAUUGUCCCCAGCAACGCGCGGGUCCUCCUUCCUAUACCGCAAGUUUGUCCACCCAUGGCUCACACAGCGGGAGGAGGACAUCGACAACUGCAUCGCUCAGGCUAAAGAACAAGGCUACUCUGCGGUGCUCACUCUGGGCUCAAAGGGGAUCAAUUAUGCCACCUCCGUCAUCAUGCAGACUGCCAUUAAGGGCGGCGGCGGACUGAUGAACCAGCUGAAGAGGAGUUACAGUUCCGGAGAGCUAAUAACUGAUGGUGGUGACCUUAACAGGAAUAUUAAACCCAUGCCUCUCCACCUCCAGGACCCCUCCUUCGACCCCCACCACCAGCCCCCAGGCCCCUAUGACCACGAACCGCGGGUGAGGGCAGAGAGUGACGCAGCAUACAAGUCCCGGGGUUCAUCUGCCAGCCGUGUGGUCCGCUCGAACAAGACGCGCUCGGCUGAUGUCACCGAUUACUACCAAGACGGGACAGACGAAGGUUCCAUUCAGCGCCGUCGCUCACCACGGAACCAGGACUCUGCCAGGUCUCAGCCUACGCUACACUUCCAAGAACCUCCGCCAAGAGAACCACAACGAAAAAGAGGCAAAUCUGAGAACAGACCUAGGCCUAAAUCAAUGAUCAACGCAGCGGAGGUGACCCGGGGCGCUGAGUGGGCUCGAGCUCAGCGUCUGGGCUCCACCUACUCCCUGAACACAGAUGUGGAACUCAGCGAAUCCUCGUCUCAUUCCUCCCUCGCCUCUGCCGCAGGAGGGCACGCGGUCCGCCCCAAAGCUCGCACCUCCUCCACCCGCCGCCGCCAGGACUCCCAGGGCCGCCGCACCUCUGGGUCAUCCUCCAGGGCCGCCACACGCCAGCCGCCAGCAGUCGCCAAACAGACGUCACUCGAAGCUGCGUCAGAAUCGGAGUAGUGGGUGUUUGUUGGCGUUUGUUGCCUUUCCCUGGUGUUAUGUUGGUCCGUGCUGGUCCGCGUUGGUCCUGGCCGCCUCUGUGGGUGUGGCUAGGUGUUAGGUGGUGUUGCCGGUGGUGUUAUUUUAAGUUUUAUUACCGCAUGGCACCUUUGUGUCGUGCAAGUGAUAUCAAACUGGUUUUAUAAUAGUCUUUCUGGUGGCCUGUGCUUGUAUGGGGGUGAGGGAGGGGGAAGGGGGGGGAAACAGUGCUAUAUUCACCCCCCCCCAAAACACUGUAUUUCACCCCUAGCGCUGUAUUCACCCCCAAAUCCUGUAUUUCUGAUCCCUCACCCCGUUUUGCUUUGGCUCACCCAUAGCUUCAAGGUGAUGGGGGGUGUGACGGGUGACCUUUCCCCUCACCCCUCACCCCUCACCCCCUCACCACCCAUGCUGCACCCCUCCCAUACUCCUUUCCCUUUGCUCAUAUUACCCCGAGAUUAACCGCUACUCACCAAAGCUUAUCUCGUCCCCAGCCGCCCCCAGCCACUCUGAAGGUACCAGUGCUGUUGCUACAAGGGGCAUGACAUUCCAAGGGCGCCUCAGAGCAUGCCACUGACCUUGCUGGGAGAUUAGGUCAAGAUUAAGCUCAAGAUUAGGUCACUGUUAGCAAGGGAAAUGAGAUAAGCGUGAAAGUUUGGGGGUUUGUGUUGAUUGGAUGUGCUUCAAGGAGGAUUGGUGACCAGGAUUAAGGGAUUAGAGGUGAAGGAAAAGGAUUACAAGAGAUUAGUGGUGAAAGAAAAGGAUUAGAUAGAGAUUGGAGCUGAAAGAAAAGGAUUAGAAAGAGAUUAGUGGGGUCAAAAGGGAUUAGAAGAGAUUAGUGGUGAAAGAAAAGGAUUAGAAAGAGAUUAGUGGUGUAAAAAAAGGAUUAGAAAAAAAGACUGGUUUUUAUCUUGAAUUUGAUGAGAGAUAAGACUGAAAUAGAGAGACAAGAUGGAUUAGUAAGUGAUCAGUGUUUUUUGUAUAAUUUGAUAAGAUUGGGUCGGUUAGUGGUGAGGUAAGGAUUAGUAAGCAAUUAGGGUUUUUUUUUAUCUUUAAUUUGAUAAGAUUAGAGUGAAUUAGUGGAGAGAGAAACUGGAUUAGUGAGAAAGAUUGGAUUUUUUAUGUUUAAUUUGAUAAGAUUGGUUGAAUUAGUGGUGAGAUAAACUGGAUUAGUGAGAAAGAUUGGGUGUAUCCUUAGUAGAAAGAUGAAGGAUUAGGGUGAGACAAGGAUUACGGUGGCAGAUUAACCUAAGCCAGCAUGACACGACAGAUUAUAACCACACCCAGCUUGAGAAUCGUUUACUCAGCUUAGCAUGAAGCAGAUGGACACAUGUCUGAAUAUUCCUUCUAACCUGGAGAAAUGAUACACAUUCGUUUACAAUGAAGAAAAAUGUAUAGAAAUAGUGAAUAAGGAACAUGUUUACCUUGAGAACUGAUGCAUAUUGGGAAAAGUGGAUAGAGAAAUGAGUAAAAUAAGUGAUUGACAUUAUUUUAGUUCGAGAAGUUUAGAAUGAAGAAAAUAAAUAAAGUGAAUAAAGAACAUUUUUACCUGAAGAACUAAUACACAAUGAAGGAAAUGAAAAAAAAAACAAGCCAGUGACAUUAUUUUAGCUCAAAGAAGUUAUACACGAAGUUUAAGAUGAAGAAAAAAUGAAGAAAUAAGAGAAGAAAGAACAAUUUUACCUGAGCACUAAUAACAUACUGUAACAAAUUAAUAAGUGAAUUAAAUAAAUGAAUAACCGUAUAUGUAGCUCAAAAUAGAGUGAUACUAAGUUUAAGAUCAAGAAAAUAAAUACAAACAAGAAAAUAAAGAAAAUAUUUACCCUGAGAACAAAUAAAUAGAAAAAUUAAUAUAUAAACUUGAUAAAAUAGUGAGAUUAGAGAGAAGUGGAUGCAUGUGGUGUGUGGCUGAGUGGUGUGUGUCAGCUCGCCCCUCCCAGCGCUGUGGUUAGUGUGGUGAAAGGGUGAAAGGGUGACCAGUUGUACAUAGAUGUCUUGCCACUAUAGUGUCAGCUUGUGUUGGCGACAGUACUGUUAGAGAGGAAAUUCUAUAUAUAUAUAUUCCUUUAUUACACACCAGUCUAACUAGAGGAUUUCAUGUAUAUAUAUAGUGACACGGUUACUUAUCUUCCCCUCCUCCCCUCGUCUUUUUCCCCUUUAUCCAGCCCCUUGUUUCCCGUUACCCAUAAUUCAACUGGUUUUUUUUUUUUUUUUUUUUUUUUUUUCCAGUAACUUAUCUCUCUGUCUUCCCUCCAUUUUCCCCUCAUUUUUUCCCCUUUUACCCAUCCCACUUGUUUCCCCUUACCCAUAAUUCAGUACUGCCUUGGUUUUCCCUCAUUUCCCCUUACCCAUAAUUCAAUACCUGGUUUUAUUUUAUUUAUUCAUUUUUUUUUCC